UUUCCUUCCCAUAUAUUUUCGUCUUCCUCUUCCAUAUUUACCAUUUUCUCUAUAAAACUCUCCAAAUCCUACCAAGAAAAGCACAGAAAAAUUCAUGUCAUCGCCACCUACGACGCCGUAUUGGUGCUACAGGUGCAGCCGUUUUGUUCAAGCAUCAUGGAGGAGACAAGAACAAGAACAAGAAGAAGAAAUAACUUGCCCAGAUUGUGCAUCUGGAUUUCUUGAGCAACUCGAAAUUCAAGAAAACGCAGCCGCCGCCGCAGAUGCUGGGCGGAGAUUCCAUUCUCCAUCUGCUUCUUCCGCUGCUAUGUUGAUGGUAGGUACCCUUCCAGCUGCAGAUAAUAACUCUCUUCGUAGAACACGAAGAAACGCCGGUGACCGCUCUCCGAUCAACCCGGUAAUCCUCCUUCGCGGAGGAGGAGGAGGAGAAUCCGAUAGUGGUUUGGAGUUAUAUUACGAUGAUGGAAGUGGGUCCGGGUUAAUUCCAUUGCCGCCGAGUAUGAGGGAGUUUUUGUUAGGGUCUGGGUUCGAUAGAUUAUUAGAUCAAAUAGAGAUAAAUGGGUUAGUUAGAUACGAGCAGCCGCCAGCAUCGAAAUCAGCGAUUGAAUCGAUGCCGACUGUUAUUAUAAAUGAAAUGCAUACAUCAACGGAAUCACACUGCGCGGUGUGUAAAGAAGCGUUUGAAUUGGACUCAGAAGCGAGAGAAAUGCCAUGUAAGCAUAUUUAUCAUAAUGAGUGUAUACUUCCAUGGCUUUCGAUUCGAAACUCUUGUCCUGUUUGCCGACAUGAGUUACCUGCUGAUGGUGAUGUAAAUGAAGAGAAUCACAACAAUGAUAAUAAUAGCAAUGAGGCGGCGGUUGGAUUGACUAUUUGGAGGUUACCGGGAGGUGGGUAUGCGGUGGGGAGAUUUAGCGACCAAUUGCCUGUGGUUUAUACAGAAAUGGAUGGUGGGUUUAAUAGUGGGGGUUUGCCUAGGAGGAUAUCCUGGGGACCGAGAGGUGAUGGCGGUGGUGGAGGUAGAGGGGGAGUAGGUGGCGGCGGCGGCGGUGGUGGUGGUGCUUGGUUUGGUUUGGGUAGAGCUUUGAGGCAUUGGUUUGCUUGUUUUGGUGGCGGUGGCGGUGGAGUUGCUUCAAAUUCUGAUUCAAGAAUUCGUCGUCGUCGUCGGAGUAGGUCUGUUUCGGUUUCUAAUAACAAUGUUUCUUCUACUUCAUCGAGAAGAAGAAGGGUUUGGGAUGUUGAGAUUAGUGAUGGAAGAACGAGAAGUUGAAGAUUGAAGAACUUGAUUAUUAUAGAGAGACAAACCAAAUCAAAAGAUUGUUUCUUUUUCCUUCUUCAAUUGCCGUAUGUAAAUAUUAACACAUGAGUAAGGUUUUCCAUCCAAUUCAUAGUCUACAGAAGAAGAUGUUGAUGAAAGAAACACAGUUUAUCUUUUUUUUUACAUGAAUUGGAAAGAAGAAGAAGAAGAAGAAGAAGAAGAAGAAUGCAUUUUGAAUAAGGGAAUGUUAAGAAGAAGAAGAUGAAGUAUGAGCAAGAAGCAGUAGCCAGAGCUAGAGACCUGAAAAGAUAAAGAAGCCUAUAUUAGUUUUAUUACUUUUUUUUUCUUUUCUUUUUGUUAUUUUGGUGUUCUUUCUAGCUAGAACCAGCUUUUUUUGUUUCUUUCCUACUCUGCAAUUUUUCUUUUUAUUUCUCUAGGAAAUCUAUAAGUCCCAGUGUUCAGCAGUACUCAGGAGCAUGUUGCCAGAACUUUUCAUUGGGUGAUUAAUUUGUUAAUGGGUUUCACUGAAAACCUGCAUAAGUAUUUUUAAUGGAAAAUUCUCAAAAUUGCUAGCUUUAUUUCA